AUGGACCGGUUGGACCAACUGGCCUGUUGGUCCUAUGGACCGGUUGGACCAACUGGCCUGUUGGUCCUAUGGACCGGUUGGACCAACUGGCCUGUUGGUCCUAUGGACCGGUUGGACCAACUGGCCUGUUGGUCCUAUGGACCGGUUGGACCAACUGGCCUGUUGGUCCUAUGGACCGGUUGGACCAACUGGCCUGUUGGUCCUAUGGACCGGUUGGACCAACUGGCAUGUUGGUCCUAUGGACCGGCUGGACCAACUGGCCUGUUGGUCCUAUGGACCGGCUGGACCAACUGGCCUGUUGGUCCUAUGGACUGGUUGGACCAACUGGCAUGUUGGUCCUAUGGACCGGUUGGACCAACUGGCCUGUUGGUCCUAUGGACCGGUUGGACCAACUGGCCUGUUGGUCCUAUGGACCGGUUGGACCAACUGGCCUGUUGGUCCUAUGGACCGGUUGGACCAACUGGCCUGUUGGUCCUAUGGACCGGUUGGACCAACUGGCCUGUUGGGCCUAUGGACCGGUUGGACCAACUGGCCUGUUGGUCCUAUGGACCGGUUGGACCAACUGGCCUGUUCGUCCUAUGGACCGGUUGGUCCAACUGGCCUGUUGGUACUAUGGACCGGUUGGACCAACUGGCCUGUUGGUCCUAUGGACCGGUUGGACCAACUGGCCUGUUGGUCCUAUGGACCGGUUGGACCAACUGGCCUGUUGGUCCUAUGGACCGGUUGGACCAACUGGCCUGUUGGGCCUAUGGACCGGUUGGACCAACUGGCCUGUUGGGACUAUGGACCGGUUGGACCAACUGGCAUGUUGGUCCUAUGGACCGGCUGGACCAACUGGCCUGUUGGUCCUAUGGACCGGUUGGACCAACUGGCCUGUUGGUCCUAUGGACCGGUUGGACCAACUGGCCUGUUGGUCCUAUGGACCGGUUGGACCAACUGGCAUGUUGGUCCUAUGGACCGGCUGGACCAACUGGCCUGUUGGUCCUAUGGACCGGCUGGACCAACUGGCCUGUUGGUCCUAUGGACUGGUUGGACCAACUGGCAUGUUGGUCCUAUGGACCGGUUGGACCAACUGGCCUGUUGGUCCUAUGGACCGGUUGGACCAACUGGCAUGUUGGUCCUAUGGACCGGCUGGACCAACUGGCCUGUUGGUCCUAUGGACCGGUUGGACCAACUGGCAUGUUGGUCCUAUGGACCGGCUGGACCAACUGGCCUGUUGGUCCUAUGGACCGGUUGGACCAACUGGCAUGUUGGUCCUAUGGACCGGCUGGACCAACUGGCCUGUUGGUCCUAUGGACCGGCAGGACCAACUGGCCUGUUGGUCCUAAGGACCGGCUGGACCAACUGGCAUGUUGGUCCUAUGGACCGGUUGGACCAACUGGCGUGUUGGUCCUAUGGACCGGUUGGACCAACUGGCCUGUUGGUCCUAUGGACCGGUUGGACCAACUGGCCUGUUGGUCCUAUGGACCGGUUGGACCAACUGGCCUGUUGGUCCUAUGGACCGGUUGGACCAACUGGCCUAUUCGUCCUAUGGACCGAUUGGACCAACUGGCAUGUUGGUCCUAUGGACCGGUUGGACCAACUGGCCUGUUCGUCCUAUGGACCGGUUGGUCCAACUGGCCUGUUGGUACUAUGGACCGGUUGGACCAACUGGCAUGUUGGUCCUAUGGACCGGUUGGACCAACUGGCCUGUUCGUCCUAUGGACCGAUUGGACCAACUGGCAUGUUGGUCCUAUGGACCGGUUGGACCAACUGGCCUGUUCGUCCUAUGGACCGGUUGGUCCAACUGGCCUGUUGGUACUAUGGACCGGUUGGACCAACUGGCCUGUUGGUCCUAUGGACCGGCUGGACCAACUGGCCUGUUGGUCAUAUGGAGCGGCUGGACCAACUCGCCUGUUCGUCCUAUGGACCGGUUGGUCCAACUGGCCUGUUGGUACUAUGGACCGGUUGGACCAACUGGCAUGUUGGUCCUAUGGACCGGUUGGACCAACUGGCCUGUUCGUCCUAUGGACCGAUUGGACCAACUGGCAUGUUGGUCCUAUGGACCGGUUGGACCAACUGGCCUGUUCGUCCUAUGGACCGGUUGGACCAAUUGGCCUGUUGGUCCUAUGGACCGGUUGGACCAACUGGCAUGUUGGUCCUAUGGACCGGUUGGACCAACUGGCCUGUUGGUCCUAUGGACCGGCUGGACCAACUGGCCUGUUGGUCCUAAGGACUGGUUGGACCAACUGGCAUGUUGGUCCUAUGGACCGGUUGGACCAACUGGCCUGUUGGUCCUAUGGACCGGUUGGACCAACUGGCAUGUUGGUCCUAUGGACCGGUUGGACCAACUGGCCUAUUCGUCCUAUGGACCGAUUGGACCAACUGGCAUGUUGGUCCUAUGGACCGGUUGGACCAACUGGCCUGUUCGUCCUAUGGACCGGUUGGUCCAACUGGCCUGUUGGUACUAUGGACCGGUUGGACCAACUGGCAUGUUGGUCCUAUGGACCGGUUGGACCAACUGGCCUGUUCGUCCUAUGGACCGAUUGGACCAACUGGCCUGUUGGUCCUAUGGACCGGUUGGACCAACUGGCCUGUUGGUCCUAUGGACCGGUUGGACCAACUGGCCUGUUGGUCCUCUGGACCGGUUGGACCAACUGGCCUGUUGGUCCUAUGGACCGGUUGGACCAACUGGCCUGUUGGUCCUAUGGACCGGUUGGACCAACUGGCCUGUUGGUCCUAUGGACCGGUUGGACCAACUGGCCUGUUGGUCCUAUGGACCGGUUGGACCAACUGGCCUGUUGGUCCUAUGGACCGGUUGGACCAACUGGCCUGUUGGUCCUAUGGACCGGUUGGACCAACUGGCCUGUUGGUCCUAUGGACCGGUUGGACCAACUGGCCUGUUGGUCCUAUGGACCGGUUGGACCAACUGGCCUGUUGGUCCUAUGGGCCGGUUGGACCAACUGGCCUGUUGGUCCUAUGGACCGGUUGGACCAACUGGCCUGUUGGUCCUAUGGACCGGUUGGACCAACUGGCCUGUUGGUCCUAUGGACCGGUUGGACCAACUGGCCUGUUGGUCCUAUGGACCGGUUGGACCAACUGGCCUGUUGGUCCUAUGGACCGGUUGGACCAACUGGCCUGUUGGUCCUAUGGACCGGUUGGACCAACUGGCCUGUUGGUCCUAUGGACCGGUUGGACCAACUGGCCUGUUGGUCCUAUGGACCGGUUGGACCAACUGGCAUGUUGGUCCUAUGGACCGGUUGGACCAACUGGCCUGUUGGUCCUAUGGACCGGUUGGACCAACUGGCAUGUUGGUCCUAUGGACCGGUUGGACCAACUGGCCUGUUGGUCCUAUGGACCGGUUGGACCAACUGGCCUGUUGGUCCUAUGGACCGGUUGGACCAACUGGCCUGUUGGUCCUAUGGACCGUGGCCUGUUGGUCCUAUGGACCGGUUGGACCAACUGGCAUGUUGGUCCUAUGGACCGGCUGGACCAACUGGCCUGUUGGUCCUAUGGACCGGUUGGACCAACUGGCAUGUUGGUCCUAUGGACCGGCUGGACCAACUGGCCUGUUGGUCCUAUGGACCGGCUGGACCAACUGGCAUGUUGGUCCUAUGGACCGGUUGGACCAACUGGCCUGUUGGUCCUAUGGACCGGCUGGCCCAACUGGCCUGUUGGUCCUAUGGACUGGUUGGACCAACUGGCAUGUUGGUCCUAUGGACCGGUUGGACCAACUGGCAUGUUGGUCCUAUGGACCGGCUGGACCAACUGGCCUGUUGGUCCUAUGGACCGGCUGGACCAACUGGCCUGUUGGUCCUAAGGACUGGUUGGACCAACUGGCAUGUUGGUCCUAUGGACCGGUUGGACCAACUGGCCUGUUGGUCCUAUGGACCGGUUGGACCAACUGGCAUGUUGGUCCUAUGGACCGGCUGGACCAACUGGCCUGUUGGUCCUAUGGACCGGUUGGACCAACUGGCAUGUUGGUCCUAUGGACCGGCUGGACCAACUGGCCUGUUGGUCCUAUGGACCGGCUGGACCAACUGGCCUGUUGGUCCUAUGGACCGGUUGGACCAACUGGCAUGUUGGUCCUAUGGACCGGUUGGACCAACUGGCCUGUUGGUCCUAUGGACCGGUUGGACCAAUUGGCCUGUUGGUCCUAUGGACCGGUUGGACCAACUGGCAUGUUGGUCCUAUGGACCGGCUAGACCAACUGGCCUGUUGGUCCUAUGGACCGGCUGGACCAACUGGCCUGUUGGUCCUAAGGACUGGUUGGACCAACUGGCAUGUUGGUCCUAUGGACCGGUUGGACCAACUGGCCUGUUGGUCCUAUGGACCGGUUGGACCAACUGCAGUUGGUCCUAUGGACCGGUUGGACCAACUGGCCUGUUGGUCCUAUGGACCGGUUGGACCAACUGGCAUGUUGGUCCUAUGGACCGGUUGGACCAACUGGCCUAUUCGUCCUAUGGACCGAUUGGACCAACUGGCAUGUUGGUCCUAUGGACCGGUUGGACCAACUGGCCUGUUCGUCCUAUGGACCGGUUGGUCCAACUGGCCUGUUGGUACUAUGGACCGGUUGGACCAACUGGCAUGUUGGUCCUAUGGACCGGCUGGACCAACUGGCCUGUUGGUCCUAUGGACCGGUUGGACCAACUGGCAUGUUGGUCCUAUGGACCGGCUGGACCAACUGGCCUGUUGGUCCUAUGGACCGGCUGGACCAACUGGCAUGUUGGUCCUAUGGACCGGUUGGACCAACUGGCCUGUUGGUCCUAUGGACCGGCUGGCCCAACUGGCCUGUUGGUCCUAUGGACUGGUUGGACCAACUGGCAUGUUGGUCCUAUGGACCGGUUGGACCAACUGGCCUGUUGGUCCUAUGGACCGGUUGGACCAAUUGGCCUGUUGGUCCUAUGGACCGGUUGGACCAACUGGCAUGUUGGUCCUAUGGACCGGCUGGACCAACUGGCCUGUUGGUCCUAUGGACCGGCUGGACCAACUGGCCUGUUGGUCCUAAGGACUGGUUGGACCAACUGGCAUGUUGGUCCUAUGGACCGGUUGGACCAACUGGCCUGUUGGUCCUAUGGACCGGUUGGACCAACUGGCAUGUUGGUCCUAUGGACCGGCUGGACCAACUGGCCUGUUGGUCCUAUGGACCGGUUGGACCAACUGGCAUGUUGGUCCUAUGGACCGGCUGGACCAACUGGCCUGUUGGUCCUAUGGACCGGCUGGACCAACUGGCCUGUUGGUCCUAUGGACCGGUUGGACCAACUGGCAUGUUGGUCCUAUGGACCGGUUGGACCAACUGGCCUGUUGGUCCUAUGGACCGGUUGGACCAAUUGGCCUGUUGGUCCUAUGGACCGGUUGGACCAACUGGCAUGUUGGUCCUAUGGACCGGCUAGACCAACUGGCCUGUUGGUCCUAUGGACCGGCUGGACCAACUGGCCUGUUGGUCCUAAGGACUGGUUGGACCAACUGGCAUGUUGGUCCUAUGGACCGGUUGGACCAACUGGCCUGUUGGUCCUAUGGACCGGUUGGACCAACUGCAGUUGGUCCUAUGGACCGGUUGGACCAACUGGCCUGUUGGUCCUAUGGACCGGUUGGACCAACUGGCAUGUUGGUCCUAUGGACCGGUUGGACCAACUGGCCUAUUCGUCCUAUGGACCGAUUGGACCAACUGGCAUGUUGGUCCUAUGGACCGGUUGGACCAACUGGCCUGUUCGUCCUAUGGACCGGUUGGUCCAACUGGCCUGUUGGUACUAUGGACCGGUUGGACCAACUGGCCUGUUGGUCCUAUGGACCGGCUGGACCAACUGGCCUGUUGGUACUAUGGACCGGUUGGACCAACUCGCCUUUUGGUCCUAUGGACUGGUUGGACCAACUGGCCUGUUGGGCGAAUGGACCGGUUGGACCAACUGGCCUGUUGGGCGAAUGGACCGGUUGGACCAACUGGCCUGUUGGUCCUAUGGACCGGUUGGACCAACUGGCAUGUUGGUCCUAUGGACCGGCUGGACCAACUGGCCUGUUGGUCCUAUGAACCGGCUGGACCAACUGGCCUGUUGGUCCUAUGGACCGGUUGGACCAACUGGCAUGUUGGUCCUAUGGACCGGUUGGACCAACUGGCCUGUUGGUCCUAUGGACUGGUUGGACCAACUGGCAUGUUGGUCCUAUGGACCGGUUGGACCAACUGGCCUGUUUGUCCUAUGGACCGAUUGGACCAACUGGCAUGUUGGUCCUAUGGACCGGUUGGACCAACUGGCCUGUUCGUCCUAUGGACCGGUUGGACCAACUGGCCUGUUGGUCCUAUGGACCGGUUGGACCAACUGGCAUGUUGGUCCUAUGGACCGGUUGGACCAACUGGCCUGUUCGUCCUAUGGACCGGUUGGUCCAACUGGCCUGUUGGUACUAUGGACCGGUUGGACCAACUGGCCUGUUAGUCCUAUGGACCGGUUGGUCCAACUGGCCUGUUGGUACUAUGGACCGGUUGGACCAACUGGCCUGUUGGUCCUAUGGACCGGUUGGACCAACUGGCCUGUUGGUCCUAUGGACCGGUUGGACCAACUGGCAUGUUGGUCCUAUGGACCGGCUGGACCAACUGGCCUGUUGGUCCUAUGGACCGAUUGGACCAACUGGCCUGUUGGUCCUAUGGACCGGUUGGACCAACUGGCCUGUUGGUCCUAUGGACCGGUUGGACCAACUUGCCUAUUGGUCCUAUGGACCGAUUGGACCAACUGGCCUGUUGGUCCUAUGGACCGAUUGGACCAACUGGCAUGUUGGUCCUAUGGACCGGUUGGACCAACUGGUCUGUUGGUCCUAUGGACCGAUUGGACCAACUGGCAUGUUGGUCCUAUGGACCGGUUGGACCAACUGGUCUGUUGGUCCUAUGGACCGGUUGGACCAACUGGCCUGUUGGUCCUAUGGACCGAUUGGACCAACUGGCAUGUUGGUCCUAUGGACCGGUUGGACCAACUGGUCUGUUGGUCCUAUGGACCGGUUGGACCAACUGGCCUGUUGGUACUAUGGACCGGUUGGACCAACUGGCCUGUUGGUCCUAUGGACCGGUUGGACCAACUGGCAUGUUGGUCCUAUGGACCGGUUGUACCAACUGGCCUGUUCGUCCUAUGGACCGAUUGGACCAACUGGCCUGUUCGUCCUAUGGACCGGUUGGUCCAACUGGCCUGUUGGUACUAUGGACCGGUUGGACCAACUGGCCUGUUGGUCCUAUGGACCGGUUGGACCAACUGGCAUGUUGGUCCUAUGGACCGGUUGGACCAACUUGCCUGUUGGUCCUAUGGACCGAUUGGACCAACUGGCCUGUUGGUCCUAUGGACCGAUUGGACCAACUGGCAUGUUGGUCCUAUGGACCGGUUGGACCAACUGGUCUGUUGGUACUAUGGACCGAUUGGACCAACUGGCCUGUUGUUCCUAUGGACCGGUUUGACCAACUGGCCUGUUGGUCCUAUGGACCGGUUGGACCAUGGCCUGUUGGCCAAAUGGACCGGUUGGACCAACUGGCCUGUUGGUCCUAUGGACCGGUUUGACCAACUGGCCUGUUGGUCCUAUGGACCGGUUGGACCAUGGCCUGUUGGCCAAAUGGACUGGUUGGACCAACUAGCCAGUUGGCCGAAUGGACCUGUUGGACCAACUGGCCUGUUGGUCCUAUGGACCGGUUGGACCAACUGGCCUGUUGGUACUAUGGACCGGUUGGACCAACUGGCAUGUUGGUCCUAUGGACCGGUUGGACCAACUGGCCUGUUGGUCCUAUGGACCGGUUGGACCAACUGGUCUGUUGGUACUAUGGACCGGUUGGACCAACUGGCCUGUUGGUACUAUGGACCGGUUGGACCAACUGGCCUGUUAGUCCUAUGGACCAUUUGGACCAACUGGCCUGUUGUUCCUAUGGACCGGUUUGACCAACUGGCCUGUUGGUCCUAUGGACCGGUUGGACCAUGGCCGGUUGGCCAAAUGGACCGGUUGGACCAACUGGCCUGCUGGUCCUAUGGACCGGUUGGACCAACUGGCCUGUUGGUCCUAUGGACCGGUUGGACCAUGGCCUGUUGGCCAAAUGGACUGGUUGGACCAACUAGCCAGUUGGCCGAAUGGACCUGUUGGACCAACUGGCCUGUUGGUCCUAUGGACCGGUUGGACCAACUGGCCUGUUGGCCGAAUGGACCGGUUGGAGCAACUGGCCUGUUGGUCGUAUGGACCGGUUGGACCAACUGGCCUGUUGGUCCUAUGGACCGGUUGGACCAACUGGCCUUUUGGUCCUAUGGACCGGUUGGACCAACUAGCAUGUUGGUCCUAUGGACCGGUUGGACCAACUUGCCUGUUGGUCCUAUGGACCGGUUGGACCAACUGGCCUGUUGGUCCUAUGGACCGGUUGGACCAACUGGCCUGUUCGUCCUAUGGACCAUUUGGACCAACUGGCCUGUUGUUCCUAUGGACCGGUUGGUCCAACUGGCCUGUUGGUACUAUGGACCGGUUGGACCAACUGGCCUGUUGGUCCUAUGGACCGGUUGGACCAACUGGCAUGUUGGUCAUAUGGACCGGUUGGACCAACUUGCCUGUUGGUCCUAUGGACCGGUUGGACCAACUGGCCUGUUGGUCCUAUGGACCGAUUGGACCAACUGGCAUGUUGGUCCUAUGGACCGGUUGGACCAACUGGUCUGUUGGUCCUAUGGACCGGUUGGACCAACUGGCCUGUUGGUCCUAUGGACCGAUUGGACCAACUGGCAUGUUGGUCCUAUGGACCGGUUGGACCAACUGGUCUGUUGGUCCUAUGGACCGGUUGGACCAACUGGCCUGUUGGUCCUAUGGACCGGUUGGACCAACUGGCCUGUUGGUCCUAUGGACCGGUUGGACCAACUGGCCUGUUCGUCCUAUGGACCAUUUGGACCAACUGGCCUGUUGUUCCUAUGGACCGGUUGGUCCAACUGGCCUGUUGGUACUAUGGACCGGUUGGACCAACUGGCCUGUUGGUCCUAUGGACCGGUUGGACCAACUGGCAUGUUGGUCUUAUGGACCGGUUGGACCAACUUGCCUGUUGGUCCUAUGGACCGGUUGGACCAACUGGCCUAUUGGUCCUAUGGACCGAUUGGACCAACUGGCAUGUUGGUCCUAUGGACCGGUUGGACCAACUGGUCUGUUGGUCCUAUGGACCGGUUGGACCAACUGGCCUGUUGGUCCUAUGGACCGAUUGGACCAACUGGCAUGUUGGUCCUAUGGACCGGUUGGACCAACUGGUCUGUUGGUCCUAUGGAUCGGUUGGACCAACUGGCUUGUUGGUACUAUGGACCGGUUGGACCAACUGGCCUGUUGGUCCUAUGGACCGGUUGGACCAACUGGCAUGUUGGUCCUAUGGACCGGUUGGACCAACUGGCCUGUUAG